GAGAACAAUGCCCAGGAACCGCGCUGCUGGAAACAUAUGCAGCUGAAAGGCGUAGCCUCAAAUCCCUGGAACUUCCAGUCCCUUGAAAAUGCUGUUCGCACGCGUUGGUUCUUUGAUUUUGAACGCACUCUUCUUCACUCUCAUCACCGCUAAAGCAAUGGCUUCCCACAAGCCCACCAUCGUUAUCGUCUCUGGCGCUUGGCACGUCCCAGAGUCUUACUCUAAACUCACCAAGGCUUUGAAGAAGGCCGGAUAUGAGGUCCACGUACCUCGGCUACCUUCUAUGAACGAAGCUCGACCACCAACUGCCAAUCUUGAGUCGGACACGGAAUUCAUGCGGGACUUCAUCAAGGGGCUUAUCGACAAGGGUCAAACCAUCGCUGCGUUGAUGCAUUCCUAUGGCGGACAAGUUGGCACGAACGCGUUGUACGAUCUGGGACUAAACAACAGAUCUGCUGGCGUCUCACAGCUCAUUUACAUGACCGCCUUUGCCCAGGAAGCAGGAUGGUCUAUGAUUGAUAAGGUGGAGGAAUUCGGCCAAGGAGAUCUCAUUCCACUCGCCUUCGACUUCGCCGACGACAAAACGGUGGUCAGUCGUGACCCUAAGACCUUGUUGGUUGGGAACACCACGCUCCCUGAAUCUGAUGUGGAUGCAUACCUCAACACUCUGGUUCGUUGGAAUGGCCAGUGCAUGUACGAUCGCAUCACGAAGACCGCCUGGAAAGACAUACCUGUGAGCUAUAUUCAUACAACUCAAGACAUGACCGUACCGUUCGAUUAUCAGAAGUCGAUGGUGGAGAUCAUGAGGAAAGCUGGUCGGGAAGUGCGCACUUUCGAGGUCGAAAGUGGUCACUGUCCCAACUUCACAGCCACUUCUGACAUUGUCAAGGCGGUGGAAGAAAUUCUUGGUGGUUCAAAGUAGUAUAGACUUCGCCUUGUGUCUAGAUCAAAUAUAGACCCCGGGAGCUCUCACAGCCUCCGAUAGUCGAUGCAAUGAUCUACAAGAAAAUCAAGUUUGAUAGAAUGCAUUGUUUACAGUCCUGAUUGUGAGAAGCUUAUGUGAGCCUUGCGUGCCCCUUAGAUCCAGUGGAAGUCAGCACCCAAAACUACUGCAUCCGAAAUUCUCCAAAUAAUUACGUCGCCGCAGCAAAUUCCGAUCGAGGAAAACUAUCGCAGUAGACAAGACGUCAACAACUGCAUAUAAGAACUGCGUU